AUGCAAUAAUACGAUUAAGACAUAGAGGAUGAUAGUAAUAAAAUUUAUAAUAACUUACAGUCUCUGACAAUACUUCCUAUGAUGAAUCUCCUUUUAAACGAUGUAUGACAGCUCCUCCAAGACCUUUAACAGAAUUAGAAGAAUUUAAGAGGUAAAUUCUCUUAAUAAUUAUCAAUUCUUAUUAGAUUGAGAGAAUAUUAGCUCUUAGAGAAAGCUCAUAGAUUAUCAAGUCUGCUUGUUUAAAGAGAUUUUCAUAAAUACGAUUUAGACAACCCUGAAGGAUAAAAGGGCUGCAAAAAAUUUUUAUAAAAUCUCGAAAAAAUGUGUGAAGUAAAAAUAUCAGUUUCAUUAAAUAGGCAUAUGAUAUUAAAGCUGAAUCUCGUGAAUAUAGGAAUCAAUUUUCAAAGGCAUACAAAAUACUUUACACAUAAGACAAAUUAUGCUAUUUGACAGAAAUUCUCGACAGUGCUUAAGAAGGUUUAUCUAUUUAAUUAUUUUCAAUAGGUUUUCCUUAUCUAUGGGUGAAUUCAGAGAAAUACUCAUUCACAGCAGAGGUUUUGGAGGCUGGCAGUAAACUAGUAGAAGGAUUUUAUAGAGUGCAACAUGUCAUAAGACAUAUGUAUACAAGCACUUUAUAAGAGAGUCCAGAUUUUAGUAUCUCUAAAAUAAAAUUAGAGAUUAAAUUUCUCUUAGAGAAUUUUGAUGAAACAUGGGUUAAUUUUGAAAAAGUAAAAAGAUAUAUGAUGUAAAAUAGUUGUAUGUAAAGGAAUUGAUGGAAAUUGAAGCAAAGGCUCGUAGAUUUAUUUUUCAAGCUAUUGCAAUUGAUAAAGAUAUGUAAUCAAUAGAGAUUCGAGAAAAAUUAAGAGGAAAGAUUUUGGUUACUAGUGAUCAUUAUAUUUAAUUAAAGACAUAAGUAUUAUAAAUAACAUAUUUAGUUUUGCAAAGUAAUAGCAAAAAUAAACUCAGUAGCAAAUGUAGAAGGAAAGGGCAGAGACGAUUUAGGAGUUAAUAUAUUAUUAGAAGCAGAGGGUAUUACAAGAAGGGUUACUAAAGAAUAAUCAAAAGCUGUAAGAACUUUAGCUGAUAGUAUAAAAACAAAGUAUUGUUAUGACAAAAUAUCAGUUUUUAAAAAUUUCGAGAGUAGAUGAGAAAAUAUGAGAGUAAUAUUGAAAUGGUGGAUCCUUAAUUAAAAAAUAAUUCAGAAUUAGUUGAUUUAUUAAUUGAGUAUGAAACAUAAUGGGAAAAGGGAUUAUCUUAUUUGUUAGAGCCUAAAAAAUAUACAUAAUUAAUGUUAUUUUCUCAUAUUAUAGAGACAACAGCUGAAAAAUAUGUUUAAUUUUCAGAACAAUUAGAAUGUAGAGAUAGUGAUAUAUUUGUUACUAUUCCUUGUUUAAUAGUAUUAAAACAUUUAGAGAAUGAAGAUAAGAACAUUUGUAAGUAUUUUCUACCAAUGUUAAAUGAUGAAUCAUCAAAAAUAUAUAUGUAAUUUUAGGAAUUAAAGGAAAAUUUUCUAAAUUUUAGAAAUCAACAUACAAAACAAUAUGAAUAUUAUAACAUUUUAGAGAAGAAACUAUUAGGAAUUUAAUAAAAUGAUAUUUCUGAAGUGGAAACUUAAUAAAUAGAUAGAAUAAUGCAGAAGAUUAAAUUAUUAUCUAUUGAAAUACAGAGGUAUAACGUUAUUGAAUGGAAUUCCUUCAUUGACGCAGCAAUUAACAAUAUCUGA